UUCCUCGCCCACUACAACGAGUUCUGCGCGUACAUGAGCGGGAGGCGGGAGGCCCAGGGAUCGGUCUUCCCUCGAGGCGGAGCCCAAGACUCGGGGCGGAUGGUUGGUGGCCCAUAUCGACAGCAGCCGUACCAAAACGAGCAAGGUGCGGGCUGGAGUCGGGGCCACUCUCCAGCGCUGCCGGGACCGCCGCGUGGGCAAGGAUCCGGAACUGGAGGACAGCUGCAGGGGCGCAACUCUGGGGGGCGUGGGUAUGGUGGAUACGGUCCUUCCCCCCCGGAGAGCCGAGGUCGUCAGGUGGGCGGCCGUGGUGGCGGCGACAUCACCUUGGGAUGGGAGGCCACGUCAGCGCCCGGAUCUACACCCAGCUGGACCCCACCACCCCCUGAGGCAGGCUACGGGUACGGGCUCGCGGCUCACGGAGUGGACCAUGGCGGAGGUCCCUACGGCAGCGCCGCCGGCGGGGGACACGGUUUCCACCCAUUCCCCGACGGCGGAGGGCUCUACCAGCAGCAAGAAGUGAGCAAUGUACCACACUAUCCUUCUGCUGCCGGACCGGACGCCCAACAACCGCGAGUCUACGAGGCCUUGGACACCUCGCAGCAGCAUCAGCAGCAGCAGCACUACGGUGCACCCCAGGUCACCUCGUCCUCCUCCUCUCCCUCUCCAGCUCCUGGUGACGCUCUACCUCCAGCCGGCGAUUCCCCUCUGCAUCUCUUCAUGGUACGUGGCGUGUGCUCUCGAGGCAAGUCUGAGAUUGAUCUUGAGAAGGAUGUUGGUUUUUCGAAGUCUGACGGGUUCACGAGUGCGGAGUCUCAUGAGUCAAUGCCUGGUGUUCCCCGCGUGCCUGCUGUGCAUGAACGUUCUGAUGAUGAAUUCGGUGUCUUGAAGUUUGGUGUGUCUACUCAUGACGUACCUCGCAUGCCCGCUGCACUUGAGAGUCCUGAUGAAGUGCUCGGCGUUCCGGAGUGUGAUACAUCUGUCCCUGCUGCCGAUUCUGGAGCUAGUGCGAUGAUUACGAACAAAGUGGAUGCAAUGUACAAUGUACGCCACUUGGGCCCGGAUGAACGAUUUAUUCAGAUUGGAGACUCGGCUCUCAUCAAGGUUGCCGCUGUAGGGAGUUUGGACCUUAGGUUCCACCAGAUCGGAGCCGACGGGAAACAGGAGGAUUUGGACGUCACUGUGCCAGAAGUUUUGUUUGUACCCGGGUGUGGUUUCAACCUUUUCUCGGUAUGGAAGGUGUCUCACAAGCAUGCGGUCCGUAUCAACCCCAACGCACGGGAUUACCCUCACGGGCACGAUGGACAGCUGUCGAUGGUGCUUACCGGCGCGUGGGACGAGGGCGCCGGUGCCGAAGCAGGGGGCAGGUACCGCGGCAAGAGGGCGCCGAACGACGUGUUCCACAUCGACCUCUGCGGCGCGUAUACGGCGACGAUCGGUGGCAACCACAAUAUGCUCUUCGGUGUGGACGCCGCCACGGGAUGGAUGGUCUGCUACGCCAUGCGGCGUAAGGCGGAGGCGCUAGCGAUCGUCAAGCGCAUGGUCGUGGAUGCCGCCCACAAGGCUGGUACCGCGAUCNACAUCGUCGAGAGCGCCAUCCAGAGGUGCCUCAAGAUGGCCAAGGCAUCCCGCCGGGCCGCCCAGGAGCUGCUUGGCCCCGCAGGAUUUUCUCGUGUUCGCCUGCCUAGUGUUCGUGGCGAUGAGCUCUGGGCAAAGUCCGCAAAAGACGCCGCACAGGAGCUGAACCAGUCAGCACCUCCUUCCAACCCCGGGGGUGCGUCGCCGCAGGAACUCUACACCGGCAAGGGAGGCNCAUCACUGCAGGACGAUGCCGUCACCACGCCUCUGCCUCCGACCGAGAUCACCAUGGGGCUACUGGCUCAAGCAAAAGAAGACGUCCUCCUCUCCAUGCUGGAUGCUCGGCGAGUCAUGAACGGCAAGACAAUGCUCCGGCCAGGAUUGGAGGGGGGCGGCGAGAAGGGGGGCGGAGGCGAGCAGCUCGCGAGGAGUGAGGGCGUGGUAGAGAGCACGGGAAAGCUGCCGGAGGUGGACACCGGCGAGGAGGGACGCAUGGGGAAUGGUUGGUCGAUCGGUCCGUCUGAGCGGGGCGUUCCGCUCGGACUUGUGGCGCGUCUUGCGACGCGCGACGACCUCGACUCAGCUGUGCGCGAGAUGGAGCGGCCCCUUUUGCGACCCGACAUGCCGCGCUGCCACGCCAAGGACCUCCGAGUACCNAUGGACACCGGCGAGAAGGGACGCAUGGGGAAUGGUUGGUCGAUCGGUCCCUCUGAGCGGGGCGUUCCGCUUGGACUUGUGGCGCGUCUUGCGACGCGCGACGACCUCGACUCAGCUGUGCGCGAGAUGGAGCGGCCCCUUUUGCGACCCGACAUGCCGCGCUGCCACGCCAAGGACCUCCGAGUACCCCAGACUUUCAAAGAGGCAAAGCAGAGCGAGCACAGCGAGCAGUUCAUGGAUGCGGCCAAGCGUGAGGUGUUUGGAUUGCUAGAAGCAGAUGCGUUUAAGAUUGUUGGACCGUAG